ACUACGAGACUACUAGUCAAGCAAGUGCUCAGCAGCGUGGGUUUGAUGAAAUCCUACGAGGAGGAAAAGACAAGCAAGCGCUCAGCAGCGCACGGAAAAGGCGAGGCCCCGCGCUGCCAUAAGCGCGCAAUUGCCUGAAGCGUAGCGGGGGAGGAGUGGUUCGGAGCAGUUGGGUGGUGUGUUGGAACGGUUGGCCUCGCCUUCUGCUUCCGCUUCCCUUCCUAUAUCAUCCCCACGCCUCCCCUGCCGCGCUAACCACCCCCACCGCGGCGAGGCAUCAUCCACUCCCCUCCCAGUCCAGUCUCCCACACCACCUCAGCGCAUUCCUCUCCUCCCACCACCUGAUCGCAAGCACGCUCAGAGCUAGACGACGACGAUGCCGGCGAGGCCGUGGCGACCGGUGCUGGCGUCGGCCACCAAGUGCUGCGCGGCGGAGGACGCCGCGGUGGCGCCCGACGGCCUGGCGCGCUGCCGCCCGCAGCAGUCGGAGCUCUCGCGCCGGCUGGCCUCGUUCCGGCGCCUCUCGUCGCUGGCCAGCAGCCCGGCCUCGGGCGCCGCGGCGGACGGCGGCGACGGCGGCGAGGCGGCGGCGGCGGCCGGGGAGAUGGCGGGCCCGCUGCAGCUGCACUCGUUCGGGCUGGGCGAGCUCCGCGGCGUCACGCACGACUUCUCCGCCAGCUUCCUGCUGGGCGAGGGCGGCUUCGGCGCCGUGUACAAGGGCUUCGUCGACGCCGGCAUGCGCCCGGGCCUCGCCGCGCAGCCCGUCGCCGUCAAGCAGCUCAACGCCGGGGGAUUCCAGGGCCACCGGGAGUGGCUCGCCGAGGUCAUCUUCCUGGGGCAGUUCCGGCACCCGCACCUCGUCAGGCUGCUGGGCUACUGCUGCGAGGACGAGGAGCGACUGCUCGUCUACGAGUUCAUGCCGCGCGGCAGCCUCGAGAACCACCUCUUCAGGAGGAUCUCGGCGACGCUGCCGUGGGGCACGCGGAUCAAGGUGGCCAUCGGCGCCGCCAAGGGGCUCGCCUUCCUCCACGCCGCCAGCACGCCCGUCAUCUACCGGGACUUCAAGGCCUCCAACAUCCUGCUCGACUCGGAGUUCACGGCAAAGCUGUCGGACUUCGGGCUCGCCAAGAUGGGCCCCGAGGGCGAGGACACGCACGUGACGACGCGCGUGAUGGGCACCCACGGCUACGCGGCGCCGGAGUACGUGCAGACGGGCCACCUCAACGUGAAGAGCGACGUGUACAGCUUCGGCGUCGUGCUCCUGGAGCUCCUCACGGGGCGGCGCGCCAUGGAGCACGUUCGCGGCCGGAGCGCGCACGCGGAGCAGCAGGUGAAGCUCGUGGACUGGACCCGGCCCUACCUGAGCGGCGGCAGCCGGCGGCUGCGCUGCAUCAUGGACCAGCGCCUGGCGGGGCACUACUCCGUGAAGGGCGCGCGCGCCGUGGCGCAGCUGGCGGUGCAGUGCACGGCGCCGCAGCCGCGGGACCGGCCGCGCAUGGCGGCCGUGGUGGAGGCGCUGGAGCGGCUGCAGGGGCUCAAGGACAUGGCCGUCAGCGUCGGGCUCUGGCCCUCCAACGCGCCCGUCGCCGGGAGGAACGCCAUCUCCGCCAAGAUCCGCGCCGAGGUCAAGAGCGCCGGCGCCAACGCCGGGUCGCGCCGGAGGAGCGCCUCCUCCAAGCUGCCCUGAUCGAUCGCCUAGCUGCGUGCCGGGUCGCCGUCGUCGUCCGUGCCGCCGCCGUCGUCGUGUACCGGAAGUGUGUAUGAGUCGUAUUGUGUGUGUAUAUAGUGAUCAAGAUCGAUGGGGGUGAUGAGUCGAGCGCAAAUACAGGGAGCGAGUAGUCCAUUUUGUCAAGAUGCGCACGCACGAACGAGGUCGGCGAGGCAGAUGAUCAAGCCUGCAUCUCCACUGCCUUCGCGUUCCGUGUGCAUCGUGAAGCCAUCGCUAUGGCGAAAUCCCGAUCAAUUUUUCUUCGUCUUCUUCUUCUUGA